AUGCGACUUCCGAGACCACCACAUGCCCCACCGCUGGCGCCGAUCGCACGCGCGGCGGCCUCCUCGCUUGCCUCGGUGCUGCUCGCCUCGUCGCUCCUCGGAGGAGACGUCGGCCCGCAGCUCGGCCCGGCUGCAGCCUUUGCGUCGCAGCCGCUGACCGAGGAGCAGAAGCUGGUGGCUGAGGCGUGGCGGGUGACGGACCGCGAGUUUGUGGAUCGCGAGUUUGGGGGGCAGGACUGGUUCUCCGUCCGGCAGAAGAUGCUCAAGCAGCGGUACGACUCGCGCGUCGACGCAUACGACCAGGUGCGGGCGAUGCUGGCGGCGCUGGACGACAAGUACACGCGCUUCCUCACUCCGUCGGCGUACGACGCGGUCUUCGCCACCGCGACGGGCGGCGUCGUCGGCAUCGGCGUCGAGCUUCAGACCGAGACGGAGCCGUCGAACCGCGUGACGAUCAACAACGUCGUGCCGGGUGGGCCGGCGGACAGGGCCGGGGUGCGGCCAGGCGACGAGAUCGUGAACGCGGACGGGGAGGACUGCACGCGGCUGUCUGCGGAGGAGGCGUCCAAGUACGUGCGCGGCGCCGCCGGCUCCAAAAUUGGGGCCUGGGGCCCGCGCCCGCGUCCCGAGCCCGCGCCUCCCUCCCCGCAGGUGAAGCUCGCCGCAGUCACAAAGUCUUCGGCUACACUUGGAGGCGUCCCCGUCGGCUUCGUCACGAUCCGGCAGUUCUCGACGUCGACAGCCGCCGACGUCAAGGCCGCCCUCGCCGACGCCCUGGUGCUCGACUUGCGCGGCAAUACCGGAGGCUACUUUACGGGCGGCGUCGACGCUGCUGCUGCCCAAGGGACGGCCGAUCACGUUCGUGACCGACAACCGUCGCAACGUGGCAUGGACACGGAGACGCCCCUCUACCUGCUCGUCGACUCGCGCACCGCCUCGGCGUCCGAGAUCCUCUCGUCGGCGCUGCAGGACAACGGGCGGGCCAAGCUCAUCGGCUGCUCUGGCGCGCGACCGCGGGGGAGAGACGGGCGCCGGCCGAGGACCUUUGGGAAAGCGGUCAUCCAGACUGUCUCGCCGCUGUCGGACGGCUCGGGCAUCGUUGUCACGACCGCGCGCUACCAGACGCCGCAGCGCACCGACAUCAACAAGAAGGGCAUCGCGGUGGACAUGGAGAAGGACUGCCCCAUCUCGACCGAGGCGGCCAAGUGCUUGCCCAGCAAGCUGGUGUGA